AACAGAAAUGAUUUUGUUUUGCUUUUUGGAUUCUGAAACAGAAACUUGAAAAUGCCAGGAUUAAUAGCAUUUGGGAGGAAAUGGGGAAUAGGAUCAGAUGAUUUUGUUUUCCCAGGAAUUUUAGAAAUAUUUUGUAGAGUGAUUUGGUUGAUAUUUAUGUCAGUUGUGUAUAACCUUCACCAAGAUGCCUUUAUUAGAUGUAAAGGAGGAAGUUAUCUACAGAUCUAUUGUAUUGGAAUCCUUGUGGUGAUGUGUGUGUGUAUAAUCAGUACAUGUGUAAUUGUGUUUAUCAGCUCACGUGGGUCUUUAAUGAAUGCUCAGCCAAGGAGAAAAUUUGUCAAGGUUUUUUAUGUGCGGUCAGUUCUUGCCAUCGUAGAAAUUGUUUGGAAUAUAUUAGGAAGCUAUUGGGCCUUUGGAAUGAAGACUACGUGUGAACAUAGUGUAGAACUGGCUGUUAAAAUCACGGUCAUUGUGUUCUGGGUUCUAGCCGUAACUGUGUUCAUUGCUUUUUUAUUUGUGUUUGGUAUUUUAGGGGGAUCAAAGAAAUCACAUCAUGAUGGACUAUACAGCAAAGAAAGUGGUGCUUCUUCUUCUGCCAUCAACAAGUGGGAAAAAAGGUUUAGAAUAAUAUGUUGUUGUUUGGCAGGAAGUGAAAAAAAUACUGGUGCAUUUAAUGCUAUCUCACAACUGCUUGCAGAUUAUUUUAAGGAUGUAGAUCUGGUACCCACUGACAUUGCUGCUGGUUUGAUACUGGUACAUAAAGACCAAGAGAAACAGAUUAGUGAUCUGCCAAGUAUAUCAUAUGAUACAUUCACCAAUGGAGCAGCUAGUAGGUCCAAUGGACAGGCUUCCACAUCCACAGAAGAAUGUAAUGUAAAACCCAAACCAUGGAUGACAACCAAGAUGAUGUUCCAUUACAUGAGAUAUGCCAGUGCUUCUUAUGGGUGGCCAUUUUAUAUAUUUACAAACUUGUGUACUGGGAUGUGUCGUCUGUGUAAACACAUGAGGUGCUGUAGUUGUUGUCUACCAGAGAACCAAGUUCAUUUUGACAACUGUUGUCAGUGUAAUACAGCCACAAUCAAAAGAUUAACAGGGUUGAAUCAGUUUGAUCUGGUCUAUGCAGAUUAUCAUAAUAGGAUAUUUGAAAUACCAUUUUAUGUAGCAAUAGAUAAAGAGAAACAGUCAGUGGUUAUAGCCAUCAGGGGGACUUUAUCACUUAAGGAUGCUAUUACAGAUAUGAGUGCAGACAGUGAAUGUUUAGAGUGUGAGGGUCUUAUAGGCUGUGUUGCUCACAAAGGCAUUCUUCAAGCUGCUCAGUAUGUAAAAAAGACAUUGGAGGAGAAACAUAUCUUAGAGGAUGCAUUUGAUAGGGCACAGGGCAGUAAGUUGGUGAUCACAGGACACAGUUUAGGAGCAGGUACAGCGGCAUUACUCGCAGUUUUACUCAAACAAUCAUAUCCUGAUUUAAUCUGUUUUGCUUAUGCUCCUCCAGGUGGCCUCAUGAGUUUUGAAGCUAGCCAGGCGAGCCAAGACUACAUAUGUUCUGUUGUGCUAGGGAAAGAUAUGAUAACCAGACUCAGUAUAUGGUCAAUGUAUGAUCUGAAGGAAAAAACAUUAACAGCCAUCAGAAAUUCACAUUCUCCUAAGUUCCGAACUUUAGCAUCUGGUGCCUGGGAGGUAUUAUGUGGCUGUUUUAUUAGUGAUAGUACAGCAACAGAGCGACUUCUUGGUCGAGGUGUCACUAAUAUAGGCAACAAUGAUAUAGAGGAAGCAUUGCAGAAUGUCAGUAUGGCCAGAGAAAAAUUAAAAAUUACCCACCCACCGAUGUAUCCACCAGGGCAGAUAUUACAUGUAUUAGAAGUAGAAGGAGGGAGAGCCUGUUGUGGAACUUCAAGUUUUUAUGCAGAAUGGUCGAGAGCAGAAGACUUUGUAAAGGAGAUAAUCCUGUCUCCAGACAUGGUAACAGAUCAUAUCCCUGAUAAACUAAUGACAGCCUUAGAACAUCUAAGCGACAAAGACUUCACACCAAAACGACGGAAGAGUCAAGAAGAAGUAACUGCACUGUAACAAGGAUAAUAUAGCCUAUAGAAU